UUUUAUCUAGGUAUGAAAACCAGAUCACGAUUUUGUCAGACUACUUAGAAGAAUUUCCAGAAACCGAUGAGCCAGUGUGGAUUCUAGGAAAGCAGCACCACCUGAACACAGACAAAUCUAGGUUACUGCUGGAUGUGAGUGCUCGCCUCUGGUUUACCUACAGACGGAAGUUCUCGCCUAUUGGAGGCACAGGCCCUUCGUCUGACGCCGGCUGGGGCUGUAUGCUGCGGUGCGGGCAGAUGAUGCUGGCGCAAGCGCUCAUCUGCAGACAUUUAGGAAGAGAUUGGCAAUGGGAAAAACACAAAGAGCAACCAGAAGAAUAUCACAGAAUCUUACGGUGCUUCCUAGAUAGAAAGGACUGCUGUUACUCCAUCCACCAAAUGGCGCAGAUGGGCGUCGGAGAGGGGAAGUCGAUUGGAGAAUGGUUUGGACCAAAUACAGUUGCUCAAGUACUGAAGAAGCUUGCUUUAUUUGAUGAGUGGAAUUCCUUAGCAGUUUAUGUGUCUAUGGACAACACAGUGGUCAUUGAAGACAUCAAGAAAAUGUGCUGGUCCUCUGGGCAGAGCAGCAGCGCGGCCCACAGCAGCGCAGCCCUGCACGGAAGCGCUCUCGGCCGAAACAGGAGCCCAGCAGGAUUCUGCACCGGCUGGAAGCCCCUCUUGCUCAUCAUACCUCUCCGGCUCGGGAUAAAUCACAUCAACCCCGUGUACAUUGACGCCUUUAAAGAGUGCUUUAAGAUGCCACAGUCUUUGGGAGCACUAGGAGGGAAACCAAAUAAUGCUUAUUAUUUCAUAGGAUUUUUAGGCAACGAGCUGAUCUACUUGGACCCUCACACCACUCAAAGCUUUGUCGAUUCGGAAGAAGAUGGCACAGUUGAUGACCAGAGCUUCCACUGCCAGCAAGCGCCACACAGAAUGAAGAUCAUGAACUUGGACCCGUCAGUGGCUUUGGGCUUCUUCUGCAAAGAAGAAUGCGACUUUGAUAGCUGGUGUAGUCUUGUACAAAAGGAGAUUCUGAAGCAGCAGAGUCUCCGGAUGUUUGAGCUGGUCCAGAAGCACCCGCCCCACUGGCCGCCUUUCAUACCUCCCACCAAGCCAGAAGUGACGACGACGGGAGCAGAACUCAUUGAAUCUACUGACAAGCUCUUCGAACUGGAGGAAGAAUUUGAAAUCCUGAGCGUAUGAAGGAAACCGCGGUCACCCUCUGAGUACCGGACAUACUGCUGGUAUUGUUGUGUUGACUUCAACAGCCAUGUUAGCCCCAAAGUGCCUGAAAUGAUGGGUAACGGAGCACAAAAACCUAGUAGCAUCCAAAACUCCAACAGUGGCAGUUGCUGCUGUCAGCGAGCUUCCCCAGCUGGAAAGGCCGAAAGUGAUCUUAGUAAGACCCUUAAGGGAACCUUUUUAGUGUGUCUCACCUGCAGACAAAUGGACCUUUGAGAUAAGGCAAAAACAAGUGGCCGGGCUGUGAGUUUGGAGAAAGGGAUAACACCAAAUGGGUAUUUCUUGCUCUCAUCUAAUAAUGCAAUAGUUUGGUUUUUAAAGCAAAACAGUCUUCAGUUAAGGAGGAUGUUUACUUCUGUUCCCUCCUGCGGGCUGCGUCGUAGAAAAAACACAGUGUCUUGUUUAAAAGAUCGACCGGAUCAGAAGAGAAGUGUUUCCUUGUUAAAUAUUUUAACAUGUAUUUGAGCAACCACACUUUAUUACAAAAAUGUUUCUGUAAAAGGAACUGUGUCUAAUGUAUACGUUUUGCAAUAGCCUUCCUGUUCCCGGGAAACCUCAAGAGGAACGGGAGACGCCAGCAGUAGCUAUCGAUCACAACCACUGGUAGAGCUAUGAUGCAUUUCACCUUGACCUUAAAAUUCAACCAUUAAAGCUUAGCCUGACUUUCCUUUUUGGAGCUAAAAUGAGUCCAAGGUGGUUUAACUGUACCUUAUUUAUUUUCCAAAAGAUUUACACAAGUUUCUCUGUUACAGCACUUUAUCUGUGCAUGUAAUAAAUUUCUUAAGCUUUUC